AUUCUUGACAAACGUGUAUCUUAAACAUGACUGAUCAUAACUCUUCUUUUUGGUGUAACCAAACAUAACUCUUAUUAUGCAUGUCCAUUGGACAAAAUUAUAAUUCGUUUAACUUGAAAAGGUUGUGUGUUUUUCUUCCCGAGAUAUUUCCAUUUCCAUUUCCUAUAGAUGGAUAAAGAAAAUGAGCUCCAUGAUUCCGUCAUAUUUGUCAAGUUCGGGCGGAGAAGUAUCUGAAUUCAUUUUCCCGCGUUUUCAUGUUAUCCUUCCUUUUCCAUAUCUCGCACAAAUCGCCUGUUCUCUCACCCUUUCGUUAAAAUAAUUUCGUAAACCUAAUUUACACUCCCUGAUCUAUUGAAUUUUCGUUUUCUUCUCCGAAAUCUUUUUGAUGGAAGGAAGUCGUAACAGUCAGUACUGAUCACUGCCCUAGAGUGUGUGAGGAAGAGAGCUGGUCGGUGGAGAUGCUACGGACGAAUGCAUUUGAAGGAGCGAAUGUGUUCAUGUCACGGAACCUCGUGCCGCCGGAAGUCUUCGACACACUCCACGACGCGCUUAAGAAUAAUGGCGCACGCGUCCAUCUUUGCUGCGACCCUUCGCGCAAUGGGCCACACGACUAUCACAUCAUAUCUCACGAUCACGAGAAACUUGAGGAUCUUAAAGCCAGGGGUUGUAAUCUGCUUGGUCCUCAGUGUGUGCUUUCAUGUGCAAAAGAACAGAGACCUCUGCCUAAACAGGGUUUCACUUGUUGCCUUGCCAUGGACGGUGUCAAAGUACUUGCAUCUGGUUUUGAUAUGGAUGAGAAGAUGAAGAUAGGAGAGUUAGUAAAUUCAAUGGGGGGAAUUCUGCACAUUAAGGCAUCACUGGAUGUAAACUUUGUGAUUGUGAAAAAUGUUUUAGCUGCAAAGUACAAGUGGGCUUUGAAUAUGCUGAAGAAACCAAUAGUCACUUUUAAUUGGUUAAAGCAAUGCUCCAUUGAGCAUCGCAUUGUUCCCCAAGAGUCAUACAGGAUUCUUCCCUUUUCUGGGUUGACAAUUUGUGUUACCCGAAUUCCAGCAGAUGAGCGCAGAAAAAUUGAGAUGCUUAUUGUACAGAAUGGUGGGAAAUACUCUGCGGAGCUAACGAAGAAGUGCACACAUUUGAUUUCUGAUGCUCCUGAAGGUGACAAAUAUAAGGUGGCAAAACGAUGGGGUCACAUUCAUAUUGUGACAAAGAAAUGGUUUGAUCAGUCUAUUGUCAGAAGAGCAUGUCUGAAUGAGGAGUCUUACCCCGUUCAGCAAGGACCUGUAUCUUCACAAAGAAUGUUUAUGGAUAAUUUAACAGCACAACAUAGCCAAGAAAAAGAAAACGGGAAAUUGCAAUCUGCUGCAUCAUCUGGACUUCCAGAUUCAUGUAUGCCUGUUGUUUCCUUUGCUGAGCUUGCGGACAGAGAUCCAGAUGCUACACAGUCAGAGAACACUUCUAUUGCCGUUUCAGAUGUUCCUAUCUUUGUUAAUGGGACAGAUCCUCAAGCACCUCCAGUGCAACCCAAUAAUGACCCAAACCUUGACAGUGCUGUAGCCAGGGAUUCUGAAUCUGAUGAUAAUGAUCUGUACUUAUCAGAAUGCAGGAUAUCACUUGUUGGCUUUGAAGCUUCUGAAAUGCGUAAACUAGUUAAUAUGGUUCGUAAAGGAGGAGGAUCCAGAUAUAUGUCUCUUAAUGACAAGUUGACACACAUAGUGAUCGGAACCCCUUCAGAAAUAGAAAAGAAGGAUGUAAGGAGUCUUGCUGCUUUGGGUAUCAUCUACGUUGUUAAAACUACAUGGCUUGAAGAUUGUGACCAUGAAAAGAAAGAAGUCCCUGUUCUAAAGAGACACAUUGCCCAAGAUCUUCUUCUUCCUAAAGGUUCAGCAUCUUUUGUGAAAGGAGCUGUAACUGGAAUUAUGGGCAUGAAUAAAGGUAAAGGCCCCAGCACUCAUCAAAGCUUGCAGGCUGAUCAGUUGAUAACUAGUAUGGACUCUAGAGUUGUGAUGCCAUUAUCUGUGGAGAAAAAAGAAGAAAAGAAGCUGGAGAUGAAUGUGACUGAUCAAACUUUUCUUAAAUCAAUGGACAAGUCAACUCAGAAAACGCAACUUCCUGUUGCUAAUAAUAAAAUGAAGGGUCAAAAGAAGAUGCUUAAUGACUCUUCUCAGUGUGUGAAGCCAUCAACAGUUUUCUGCGGGAGGAUGUUUUGUUUUUCAAAUUCUUUCCCUGAAGAGAGAAGAGAUGAGGUUGUUCAAUGGAUAAGUCAGGGGGGAGGUGAGUUAGUAGAUGGUCACGCAAAACAGAAUGCCCAUUAUACUAUUGAGUGUCAUGGUGUAACAAGUAGGUUGGAAGAUAUUUCCCAAACAACGUGCAUUUCCAGUCAUUGGAUACGAUCUUGUUUAGAGAAUGACUGCUUGCUGGAUGUUGAUAGUCACAUUCUUUAUUCUCCACUCCCUUGUUGUAUACCCUUGCCUGGGUUUGAAAGCUUUCGGUUUUGUGUUUCUCAAUAUGAGGGGAAAGACAGAAUGCUGCUGAGGAACUUGUGCUUUGUUCUUGGAGCUACAUUUGUGGAGAAGUUGACAAAGAAAGUCACACAUUUAUUAUGCAAAUUCAUCAAUGGGCCCAAGUAUGAGGCAGCUUGUAAGUGGGGGAUCCAGGUGGUUACCGCUGAAUGGAUAUUUGAAUGUGUCAAACAGAAUAAAGUUGUUGUUGUUGACCAAUUUUUACCCAAAGAAGUCACUGUUCAAGAUCAAGAGAACCAAGAGGCAGGAGUGUUUACUGUGAGUCAAUUUCCUAACCCGGCUGAUAGCAUUAGAGGAGACAGCUCUGCCCAAUUUGCGAGUCGAUUGAUAAAUUUGAGAAACAUCUCAAGUCAAAGUGUGGGUAGUCAAGUCAACAAUUAUGGGGUUGAUGCUAAAAUAUCAAGUGUUUGUUGCAAAAAGGCAAGGCUUUUGGAAGAGUCUGGCCUGUAUGUUACAGUGCCUUCUCCUGUAGCUUCAGCUACUCCUAUCUACGAUAUGAGUUCUACUGGAAACAACAUGCUAAUAGAUACUACUAGUGAGGUUUCUCCAGCUGCUCCUGAUGUCGCUGCUGCAAUUGAGGACUUGUUAGAGCAGACUAGUAAGAUGCACGAUCAGACAUCUCCGAGGAAGACCGUGAAUAAGUGUAACAAUUUUUCAUCUGAUUGUUCUGUUCUGGAUGAAAAUCAAUCAAAUCCUCAUACUGUCACUGGAUUUUCUGAACACUGGUUGAACAGAAGUAGAAGAAACGAGGAUAAUGAUGUUGCUUCUCGAGAUGGAAGAGCAGCUUAUGAUAAUUUUAGUGAAACACAAACUGAAUCUCAGGUUGUUGGUUAUGAAGAAGAUUUGUCUGGAAGACAAAUGCUUAUCGACAGAGUCCGAACACGUAGUAGUAUGGCUUGAAGCAUUAGGACAGCUCCUUGAAGGAAGAUCUAGAAGCGUGUGCUAAUUUGAUGGUUCGACAGUGAAUGUGCGUUUACAAGAUAAUGAAAGAGAAUCAUGUCCUGCAUCAUUGAUUUUAGUUUUAGAAAAGAUCAACCCGAGGGUCAGCUAACAAGGGUGUUGAGAUGGCAGCAGGUCAGUAUUAACUGUGUUGAUCAAGAGAAGUUGCUCCCAUACGUCAUUGCUUGCUAGGGUGGAAACGGGAGGAGAGGGGAGGGGAAUAUAUUGAUAUUUGUUUGCAGGCGUGUUGUAUCGAUUGCUUUGUAACAAAUUAUAAAGCUAAUCCCAACUAAGGAAAAAUAAAUUAUCAUGUUCGGCCAAAGAUUAAACAACUGUACAGUGAUCAUUGACUCAUGCGGCAUAGGGCUGAUGGUUUACAAACACGAGUGGGAGAAGGGUUGUUAAGUUUAUUACAUUUUGGGCCUUUAAAUAAUAUCAUCGAAGAUGGUUCAGAGCUGCGAUGGUCCAUGUCGGACUCAUGGGCCAAGUCAGAGGGUGGGGUAGGGGGGCUACCUGAAGACUGAUUAGGUUUGCACAGAAGAACCUUUCUCCGCAUAGAGUGCAACUUUUGCACCUUAAGCUGAUGGUCUUCACUUUCUCUCUAGUCUUCGUUCUAGAUGAACUUGUUAAGGAAGGGCUAUCAUACUCAUACUUAUUUUGAUGUUGCUCCAGCAUUUGUUAGGAGCCUAGUGUCUUCUGAUAGUUUGGGAUCUCAAUCCCCAUCUUUGUAAUUCUCACUUAAACUCUAGGGCUAUGCCCUCUCUUUUACCAAAAAAAAAAAAAAACAAAGAAGUAAUAAUUUUUUUGUGUACGAAAA